GUUAAAGCAAAGCAUGCAAUGGAGUUAUAUCACUAUAAAUGAGCCGAACAGCCGCUGCAUCUGCGAUUCAGCUAAUUGCAAGAGGAGUUUUGGUUAACUCUUCGCGCAAAUCCGAUACUUUUCCUCCUCCAAUCUCAAUUUGCUGUUCAUAUUUCCAUAAUAUCGCGCCGAACCCCGCAAUAGAUUUCAGCCGUGUUAAUAAACUAGAUGAUGCGCUUUGCCUGUUUCAAGAAAUGGUUAGGAUGCGGCCGCAACCAUCUGUCCGGGUAUACAACAAGCUGCUGUCAGUUAUUGCGAAGAUGAAGCACUACUCCAUUGCCCUUAACGUGUUCGACGAAAUGCGUCAAACGGGUGCCCCUGUAAACGAGUUCACGAUGAACAUCUUGAUUGACUGCUGCUGCCUUUCGAAUCGGACGGACUUAGGGUUUGUUAUAUUGGGCAGCUUUUACAAGCGCGGCUACGAGCCUGGUGCUGCGACAUUCAGCACUCUGAUAAAAGGGCUGUUUUUGGACCACAAGGUUGCUGAGGCAGAGAAGCUCUUCAAAAAGAUUCUGCUUUUGAAAUUUUGUGAGCCUAGUGAUGUUAUGAUUCUCACUGUGAUAAACGGGCUUUGUAAAGCUGGACUUGCUGCUACUGCGCGUGAAUUGCUUCACAGAUUGGCGAGAACGAGGUGGAGACCCGAUGUUAAGGCGUAUAAUGCCACAAUUGACGCGUUAUGCAAAAGGGGGAUGUUGGAUGAUGCUUUCGAGAUCCUAUCUGUGAUGAUUCAACGAGAUAUUUCUCCCAUUGUUUCAACAUAUAAUCCGUUGAUUCAGGGCUUGUGUGAUGCUGGCAGAUGGGAAGAGGUUAAAGACUUGGUGAAUAAAAUGGUAAUCUCUGGAAUCCCUUUAAAUGUGGUCACUUGCACUAUAGUUGUGGAUGCGUUUUGCAAGGAGGGAAAUUUGGAAGAUGCUGAGGAUCUUAUUGAAAUUAUGAAAGGACAAGAUAUUCGUCUAGAUGUUGUUGCGUGCAAUGCACUUAUAGAUGGAUACUGUUUGCAAGGGAAAAUGAAGAAAGCAGAGGAAGUGUUUGAUUCUAUUGCACGUAGAGGCCUUAAGCCUUCUAUCAUUACCUAUAACAGCGUGAUCAAUGGAUACUGCAAGAAAGGGAAAAUAAGUAAAGCUUGGGGUCUUUUUCAUGAGAUUCCUCGGCAAGGUUUGAAGUAUACAGCAGCUACCUACAACACCAUGAUAGAUGGAUUGUUUGGUGAACGUAGAUUUGGGGAUGGCUGGAAGCUUUUCAAUGACAUGGAAGUUCAACAAGUAGCUCCAAAUUUAACUACCUACAGUAUAUUGUUGGACCAUUUGUGUAGGAUGCAGCAAAUUGCUGAAGCAUUCUCACUUCUCCAUACAAUGAAGGAAAAGGGUUUUACUCCAGACGUAAUUACAUAUGGUACUCUAAUUCAUGGUUUGUGCAAAGCCGGGCAGCUGAACUCUGCUCUGGAGGUUUUUAACCAACUUCCUUCCAGAGGAUUGAAACCCAAUGUUCAAAUAUAUAACAUGAUCCUUGGCUCGCUCUGUCAAGAAGGAUUUGUGGAGGAUGCUAAAUCUUUGCUUAUUGAGAUGGAGAGAAGUUGUUGUGCACGAAACAGUGUAACAUACAAUGUUAUCAUCCAAGGGUUGCUAAAGAAAAAUGAUGUCUUUAAUGCAAUUCCAUUCUUGAAGGAAAUGUGUGAAAGAGAACUCUCUGCAGAUACUGGGACUAUGUCCAUGUUACUCGAUCAAGUAGAAGGGAAAAAUGAAGAUGAUAUUCUUUUUGAAAUGAUUAAGAAAGUUGUGCCUAAAGGACUCCGUGAAGGAUGAUAUGGUUCCUGCUCAUUUGUAGUGUGAGAUAGCGGGAUUGAGGCUAAGAUCUUUGAAGCAAUUUUGUCGAAGAAUGUAAUAUCCACAAAGCUACUUCCAUAAUCAGUUACCUGUCGUUAUAGAAAGAUAUGAAUAGCCUGCGGACUUUACAGGUUUAGAGACAAUGCUGGCAGGUAACCAGGAGGUAGUAUGGUUAGUCAACCUUUUCUUGAUCCUUCAAUGGAUGCAGUUUUCUAAAAAUUCGAAACAGAAUUUUUGUUUUUCGUAAGUACUGUUCUUUUUUGCUAGGAGCUGGAGCUACAAACCUUGAUAUUCCGUCAUCUGUAUUUGGAUCUCAUCACCCAGAAACAAGUUCCUUCAUCAUACUAAUGCACUCCAGAUGCAUCAUAUGCAGCAUAUCUUGUGUUUUGAUUCACUGAAAUGCAUGAAGCACCCAAGCAGUGAGAUGACUAUUAUAAUCUUUACUGGUGAAGCACAUUGUUACUCUAAAAACCAAGAUCAGAUUGUGGUAUGAAAUGAAACUGCGAGCUUUCUAUCUUGAUCUCGACACAACAGGGAGAUAAUCGCAGAGUUGAAGUACACCAGUGAACAGUCGAUCACAGUUUUAGCAACCUCAUUUUUCAAGGUAUUAGUUUGACCUCUGGAAACUUGAGGAUGUUAUUGGUUGAUGAUAAAUACAAGCACCAAAAUUUUACAGUCUCCGGCAUGGACUUAUAGUUUAAUUACAGGUUUAUUAGCAUUCCCAAUUGUAAAAGAUAUUGAAAAUAUUACUUUUAUCUUUCAUAUGUACAUUUUCAUGUUUAUGUGUGUAAACUAUAUGAUCGAUUGUUUAGAAUAUAUUGUUAUUUCGCAUACA